AUGAAAGGGCCACAGGUGAGGCGUCGGCGGCCCUCGCUGCUCGCACCGUAUUGGACUCCUAAUAGCUUGGACAUGUUUGGCCCGGGGCAACUGGUCUCUACCCUCCUGCCUGCAGUUUUCCAUUCGCCUGCUGCGGCUCACCUUUUCCCAGCGUUCCCAACCAGACUGGGCUCCCAACCUCAGAUCCUGAUCCCGGGGCCCUUUAUCAGCUACGAAUCCCUGAGGAGUUAUCUGCAGCCAGAGCCAUGCAAGGAGGCGUUGCUCCUGGCCACGCAGGCGGUCGGGAUGGGGCCACUCUUGGAAGGCUUAGAUGAACAGAGGCCAGCGAAGCAGCGUCGCGCACGGGCCAACUACAGCAGCUGGCAGCUGGAGGAGCUGGAGAAGGCCUUCGAGACCACCCACUACCCAGACAUCUUCAUGAGGGAGGCCCUGGCCCUCCGACUGGACCUCAUCGAGGCCAGAGUGCAGGUUUGGUUUCAGAACCGUCGUGCCAAGAUGAGGCGGCAGCUGAAGCUCCAGAGCCAGCUUGUGGUAGCAGGGGCUUUUGUUAAAAGAGACAAUGAUGAAACCUCUGAGAAAGCAAGCAGGAGUUCAGAGCAGCAGUCAGAGACUUCUGACAGCGAGCACUGGGAGAAGCGACAGGAAGGAGAAAACUAUCCAUGGACAAAGGCUGCGGGUGCCGCGCUGAGUGUGCGCAAGCAGCCCGUGACCCAGAGGUCCAGGAAGUGGGAGAGGCCGGAGGGGCCGAGCUCCGAGGAGCUCCGCUCCUGCAGCAUCGCCAAACUGAGGGCCAAAGCCAGAGAGCACGAGGCCGAGAUCCACAGCACUGUAAACAUGUCAGGGGCUGACACACAGUCACAAACACAGGAAGCUGAUGCCCUGCACAGUGAUUGA